GAAUUCAAAAUUUUCUGGAAAGAUCUAUAUGACGUCACAUCCGAAGCAUUAAUUUAAGAAACGCGCACCGGCAUCUGAACUGUUACUGUGAUAAAGGCGUCGUAGAAGAAAGGUUACUUGAAAAAGAAAAUAAUCAAAGACGAACAGAUAAAAAAAAAAAUGGCAAGAGCAACAGCUGUUGGCAUAGACUUGGGUACAACUUACUCAUGUGUGGGAGUUUUUCAACAUGGUAAAGUUGAAAUUAUUGCCAAUGAUCAAGGAAACCGAACUACUCCCAGCUAUGUUGCUUUCACAGAUACUGAACGUCUCAUCGGAGAUGCGGCUAAGAAUCAAGUUGCCAUGAAUCCAGAAAAUACAGUAUUUGAUGCUAAAAGAUUAAUAGGCAGAAGAUUUGAUGAUGGUCAUGUUCAAUCUGAUAUGAAGCAUUGGCCAUUUAAAGUUAUCAACGAAGGUACCAAACCAAAAAUAUCAGUCUCGUAUAAAGGGGAGGAAAAGACCUUCGCAGCAGAAGAAAUAUCAUCCAUGGUUCUAACUAAAAUGAGGGAAACGGCAGAACAAUAUUUAGGAAAGAAAGUUUCUGAUGCUGUUGUAACUGUACCUGCUUACUUCAACGAUUCUCAAAGACAGGCAACUAAAGAUGCUGGUACUAUUGCUGGUCUAAAUGUUUUACGUAUUAUUAAUGAACCAACAGCGGCUGCCAUUGCCUAUGGUCUAGACAAAAAGGUUGGAGGUGAACGUAAUGUACUUAUUUUUGAUUUGGGAGGUGGUACGUUUGAUGUAUCUAUUCUUACAAUUGAAGAUGGUAUAUUUGAAGUAAAGUCUACAGCUGGUGAUACUCAUUUAGGAGGUGAAGAUUUUGACAAUAGAAUGGUGAACCACCAUGUACAAGAAUUCAAACGUAAACAUAAAAAAGACAUUAGUGAAAACAAGAGAGCUGUUAGAAGGUUGAGAACCGCAUGUGAACGAGCAAAGAGAACCUUAUCAUCUAGUGCACAGGCAAACGUAGAAAUAGAUUCUUUGUUUGAAGGAAUAGAUUUCUACACAACAAUUACUAGAGCUCGGUUUGAAGACUUAAAUGCUGAUCUUUUUAGAGGUACUUUAGAACCAGUUGAAAAAGCCCUCAGAGAUUCUAAACUUGAGAAAGCGCAAGUUCAUGAUAUUGUCUUAGUUGGUGGUUCAACCCGUAUUCCCAAAAUCCAAAAACUUCUUCAAGAUUUCUUUAAUGGUAAAGAACUGUGUAAAAGUAUCAACCCAGAUGAAGCUGUAGCUUAUGGUGCAGCUGUUCAAGCUGCCAUUUUAUCGGGUGAUAAAUCGGAGGAAGUACAAGAUCUUCUAUUGUUAGAUGUUGCGCCUCUUUCCUUGGGUAUUGAAACUGCUGGAGGUGUAAUGACAGCAUUGAUUAAACGUAAUACAACUAUUCCUACAAAACAGACCCAGACUUUCACUACAUAUUCAGACAAUCAACCUGGUGUACUAAUCCAAGUGUAUGAAGGUGAACGAGCAAUGACCAAAGACAACAAUUUACUUGGUAAAUUUGAACUCAGUGGUAUCCCACCAGCACCAAGAGGUGUGCCCCAAAUUGAAGUAACGUUUGAUAUUGAUGCCAAUGGUAUUCUGAAUGUAUCAGCUGUUGAUAAGAGUACUGGUAAAGAGAACAAAAUCACCAUUACCAAUGAUAAAGGUCGUCUUAGCAAAGAAGAAAUUGAGAAAAUGGUUAAUGAUGCUGAAAAAUACAAGUCUGAAGAUGAAAACCAAAGGAAUAGAAUAUCUGCUAAGAACAGUCUAGAAAGUUAUGCUUUUAAUAUGAAGACAACUGUAGAAGAUGAGAAAAUGAAAGAUAAGAUUAGUGAAGAUGACAAGAAAGCUAUUGUUGAUAAAUGUAAUGAAGUAAUAGCAUGGAUGGACGCCAACCAAUUGGCUGAAAAAGAUGAGUAUGAGCACAAGCAAAAGGAAGUUGAAGGUGUAUGCAACCCAAUCAUUACCAAAUUAUACCAAGGUGCAGGUGGUGGUGCUCCUGGAGGAAUGCCCGGCGGUAUGCCAGAUUUUGGUGGGACUGGAGCCGGGGCAGCUGGAGCAGGAGGUACUGGAGGAUCUGGACCUACUAUUGAAGAAGUUGAUUGAAUAACAUUUCUAGUUUAAAUCAAAUUAUGUCAAGUGCUUUCAACAUUUCAUCAUUAUCCCAUAAUGUAUCAUUCAGUUCAAACAAAAUCUCCGUAAGACACUUUUUUUUUGUGAUAAUGAAGCAAAGUUUGUUUUGCAAUCAAUGUUAUCUUUUGGGUAUUCUAUAAACUGGAAUUAAACUUUUCAACAUUCA